UGUCAGUCCGAUCUCGCGAGAGAGGACGGAAGCCUGUGGGAGCCCGUGGCCUUUAAAGUGCGGUUCAGCCCUUUCCUCCCGGGGUAGUUUGUAAACACGGCUGAGCUCGGGCCUCCCUGGCGACCGAGAGAAGCAUGAACUAGUGUCCUGGAAAGGGUACUCAGAUGGAAACUUGAGAAGCACUGCUUACUUGAUUAGAGCUAAGGGAUUCCUGGCAGCACUGAAUAAAGCUCAUGGCCCACCAGUUAGAAAGUAUCCUUGCCAUGAAAAAGAGGACGUGAUAAGUUGUUCAACUUAAUGAAAUUCAAGUUACAUGUGAAUUCUGCCAGGCAGUACAAGGACCUGUGGAAUAUGAGUGAUGACAAACCCUUUCUAUGCACUGCCCCUGGAUGUGGCCAGCGUUUUACCAACGAGGAUCAUUUGGCUGUCCAUAAACAUAAACAUGAGAUGACACUGAAAUUUGGUCCAGCACGUAAUGACAGUGUCAUUGUGGCUGAUCAGACCCCAACACCAACAAGAUUCUUGAAAAACUGUGAAGAAGUGGGUUUGUUUAAUGAGUUGGCAAGUCCAUUUGAGAAUGAAUUCAAGAAAGCCUCAGAAGACGACAUUAAAAAAAUGCCUCUAGAUUUAUCCCCUCUUGCAACACCCAUCAUAAGAAGCAAAAUUGAGGAGCCCUCUGUUGUAGAAACAACUCACCAGGAUAGUCCUUUACCUCACCCAGAGUCUACUACCAGUGAUGAAAAGGAGGUACCAUUGGCACAAACUGCACAGCCCACAUCAGCUAUUGUUCGUCCAGCAUCAUUACAAGUUCCCAAUGUGCUGCUUACAAGUUCUGACUCAAGUGUGAUUAUUCAGCAAGCAGUACCUUCACCAACCUCAAGUACUGUAAUCACCCAGGCACCAUCCUCUAACAGGCCAAUUGUUCCUGUACCAGGCCCAUUUCCUCUUCUAUUGCAUCUUCCUAAUGGACAGACCAUGCCUGUUGCUAUUCCUGCAUCAAUUACGAGUUCUAAUGUGCAUGUUCCAGCUGCAGUCCCACUUGUUCGACCAGUCACCAUGGUGCCUAGUGUUCCAGGAAUUCCAGGUCCUUCCUCCCCUCAGCCAGUACAGUCAGAAGCAAAAAUGAGAUUAAAAGCUGCUUUGACCCAGCAACAUCCUCCAGUUACCAAUGGUGAUACUGUCAAAAGUCAUGGUAGCGGAUUGGUUAGAACUCAGUCAGAGGAAUCUCGACCACAGUCAUUACAACAGCCAGCUACAUCCACUACAGAAACUCCGGCUUCUCCAGCUCACACAACUCCACAGACCCAAAAUACAAGUGGUCGUAGAAGAAGAGCAGCUAAUGAAGAUCCUGAUGAAAAAAGGAGGAAAUUUCUAGAGCGAAAUAGAGCAGCAGCUUCACGAUGCCGACAAAAAAGGAAAGUCUGGGUUCAGUCUUUAGAGAAGAAGGCAGAAGACUUGAGUUCAUUAAAUGGUCAACUGCAGGUAUGGUGCAUAUAUUGCUUGGAAAAAAUGUCAGAUUGAUAACUUUGGAAACUGAAGGGCUCUAUUUAUCCACAGAACAGAGUGAAGUCACCCUGCUGAGAAAUGAAGUGGCACAGCUGAAACAGCUUCUUCUGGCUCAUAAAGAUUGCCCUGUAACCGCCAUGCAGAAGAAAUCUGGCUAUCAUACCGCCGAUAAAGAUGAUAGUUCAGAAGACCUGUCAGUGCCAAGUAGUCCACAUACGGAAGCUAUACAGCAUAGUUCUGUCAGCACAUCCAAUGGAGUCAGUUCAACCUCCAAGGCUGAAGCUGUGGCCACGUCAGUCCUCACGCAGAUGGCGGACCAGAGUACAGAGCCUGCGCUCUCACAGAUAGCUAUGGCUCCUGCCUCCCAGUCACAGCCCUCAGGAAGUUGAUUAAAAACCUGCAGUGUGGCAGUUUUAGAUACUCAUUAGUGACUUCAAAGGGAAAUCAAGGAAAGACCAGUUUCCAUUUAUGCGAAAUCUGUGGUUGUAAAUUUUUUUUUUUUUUACUUGAAAUUAAAUUUGGCUCUAAAGUUGGUGUAGCAGCAGUUGAUGAUCAGACUGAACAACAGUUUUUAGUCUCUGGAAAAAGACUGAUUUUGCUUUUUUUAUAAAUAUUGUUAGAUUUAUUAAUUUCCUGUGCUCAAUGUGUAAAUUGUAUUAUAAUUCAUUGUGGUUUAUUUCACUUUUAAUUUGGUGGUGUUUUAAUAAAUGGGGGUGUUACUGAAUCUCUUCCCACUUCCAUUUCUUUUGACCACCUCUUAAUCCUCAACUGUGAUGGUAGUAUUGUUUAUCAUUUAUACCAAAGUUCUGUGUAGUCCCUAUUGACUUUGUAAUGUUAACAAGGUCAUAAAGCACUAGCAAGAGAAAGAUAGAGAUUUGCUUUUAAUCUUUUUGCCUUUUAUUUUGCACAUUAUGCAAAAGGAAAAACAUUAGAGAACACUUUUUAAGUGAGUGAAACAUGGUAAGAGACAUACGAUGCUUUUAUGCACACUCUGAAACUAAAUCAAGAUCAUUAAUCGUGUGUUUUUUUUAAGAUUUUAAGUGGACAUGAAUUUUGGAAUCCUUUUUCAUUUCAAAAUGACUAUUUUUCAAAUCCUCAGUGUUUUAAACCGUAUGUUUUGAGGCUAUUAAAAUAUGAAAUUAUAUAAUCUACGAUACAGGGUUAUCCAAUAUCUUAAUAAUUUUUUGAAAUUAGGUUUUGGUUUUGGUUUUUUUUGCAGAUUUCAGGUUACAAACUGAGAAGUUUAUGCAUAAUCAAGUAUGGUAUGGUUGCCAGAAAAAGCCUAAAAAUUACUUAGAAAAUUUAAGACUGUUUACCCCCAUUGUCUUGUACUUGCAAGCUAACUUGUACUUAUUCUUGUGAAAGCACUGUCAUCUUUUCGUAGCAAAUUUUGAUAAAGUUUCUCGUGGGAAAAAAAUCAGUAUCUAUCUUUAGAACAAUGUAAUUAUAAUGUGGGAAGCAAGAGUGGAUGAGAGAGAGAGAGUGUGUGUGUAUGUAUGUUUCUUUCAAUAGUUUAUGCCAGCAGUCUUUGCUUGAAUGUUUAACGAUGCCUUCAGUGUGAUGCUGGCCAAUAGAUGAUUGCAAUUUAAAAUGUCAUUACUGUGCAGGCUUGGAUAACUAACAUUCCAUGAUGUAGUUUGUUUCUGAUGAGAUGAUUGUAGGUACACUUUUCUCAUUAUCCAGUCAUCUGUGGGAUACUGAGUUUUCUAAUGUGCCAUUAUCUAUUUUUAUUCUGCAGUUAUGUUCAAAAUACAGUACAAUAUUUUAAAAUAGACUAAAUUGUUAAAAAUAAAGUAGUAGAUGUGUGUAAGAAAACUUUGUAAAAUAGUUAUGAGUCCUACCCAGUAGCAACUUCUGGCAUUCAAGCAGGAUUCCAUUAUGUAAAUAACUGUAAUGCAUUUAUAAUAAGUUGUGUAGUUCUGCAUCUAUACUACACUAUUUACGAACGUCUCAGUGCCAUCUCCUAAUGAGACUGACAUUUAAAAAACCUAUAUCAGAUAUCCUUGAUAAUUCCAGGAAAUAUCCCACCUGCCUAAGUUCCAAACUGGGAAACAUUCAAAUUAUACAAAUGACAUUUCAGAACUUUUAGGUAUGAAGAUAAUAGGAUUUUUAUUGUUUGGCUUAUUAAAAGUGAGCAGUUUUAGUUGAUAAUCCUACUUCUAAAUUUUUUUUAUUUUAAACUGAUUUUAUAAUUUUAAAGUAAUGAAUUUCUCAUCAUGACUUUGCCAUAGUUAUGCUAAGGAGUUGAUCUCAAAGGCACAAAAUAUGAAUUCUGCAAGGCGGCUAUUUUUUAUUGUAGUUUGGAUGGGUUAGGAAAAGCCUCAAUUUUUUCACUCUCCUAAGUCCUUCAGUACAUUUUUCUUUUAUUAUUUAUGCAAGUUAAAGUUUUUGGGUAACAGGAAUUCUUGCAACUGUAAAAUAAAACUACAUAGAUGUAAGAAGUCAUGUAAACGGUUAAUGAACUUACCAAGGUUAGCAAAAGUUUCAUUGUAAAUCAGUCUGUACUCAGCAAAUAAAAAUCAUUAUUAGUUGUAUACACAAAUUCCAUUUUGACUUUCAGGAUGUCACACUACUUCUGUACCUAGCAUUUUGAGUCCUUAUAUUUGCAAUGUUACACAAACUGUACUACUUUCUUUUAUGUGCAGUUUGCAUGAGUAAACCAUCAGAGAAUAAAUUCUAUCUUUAAA